GGAAUCCUCAUCGCAAUGCAGCCCACGCCUUAUCCCGCUUCAUGCAGCCCGUGCACUGGCGGUGCGCUAGAUCUUCAAUGCCCAUUGAAAUUUCCAUUAGGGGCCCAGCUAAAUUGUCUUUCUCCUCCAUGGUCAUCCAUGGCCCAUGAUGUUGUCCUAAAUCGCCUGUGCUCAUCAUCCGGCCACUUGGACACAUGUGCACACACGCACACACACACACACCUCUCUGCCGCGAGCUGCCAGGUCGAGCGACCAUGUCGAGUGCGCAGUCGCAGUCGCAGUGGAUAA